UUCCAUAACCAGACAAGACACAGAGUUGACAAGACAUGGAACAGAGCAGAAUUCAUAAAGAUCCUUCUCACUCUCAGGCAUUCUAGACUUUGAAGAGAUGGCCAUGGGGUCUCUACCUUGGUCUUGGAUUCUGUUGGGGCUAGCUCUCUGUGCUGCCUGCCUGGGCUUUGCCAAAGGAAGGAAGCUGCUGAUGAUCCCCCUGGAUGGCAGCCACUGGCUUAGCAUGUGUGAAAUGAUCCAGGAGCUCAGUCUGAGAGGCAUGAAAGUGACAUCCUGACACGGAGCUGUCUGUACACAUUGGGGAUUGAUAGCAGUACAAUUUGAGGACCUUUCCUGUCACUUUCAGCAAGGACCUUUUCCAGUCGAUGAACCGCAAUAGUUCCCAUAAGCUGUUUGACUGACAACUUUUCCUGAAGAGAUUUUUGAUGCUGUUAAAACCUUGAAGAAUGCCUUUGAUAUGUACUUUAACUUUUGUUCAGACUUUUUCUAUAACAAGGAACUGAUGACGUCCCUGAAGAGGCCCACUAUGAUGCCAUUUUAACAGAUCCCACUCUUCUCCAUGAAGUCCUUGUGGCAAAGCAUUUGUCCAUUCCAGCUGUUUAUUUUUGAGAGGACUCCCCAGUGGGUUAGAUAUUGAAAGCUCUCAGUGCUCUGCCCCAACUUCCUAUACCCUAGAAUAGCCACCAAAAACCCAGAAUGGAUAACCUUCCUACAGCAUGUAAAGAACAUUCUUGUACUCUUGGCCCCAGAACAUGGCUUGCUAUAUAAUGUAUUAACCUUUUACAAGGCUGGCUUGAGAACUCCCUCAGAGAGACUUGAGCAUAGUGGAUGUUCUGAGCUAUGCAUCUGUGUGGCUUGUGCGGAUAGACUUUGUAAUGGAUUACCAUAAACCAAUCAUACCAAACAUGGUCUUCACUGGGGGAAUCAACUGUGCCAGUGCCAAGCAGUUCUCUCAGGUGGUGUGCCACAUGUACAUGAAACCCUAUGAAAACCUGGCUUCAGAACUACUUCAGAGAGACAUGAGUAUAGUGGAUGUUCUGAGCCAUGGAUCUGUGUGGCUUGUGAGGACAGACUUUGUGAUGGAUUACCCUAAGCCCAUCAUGCCAAACAUGGUCUUCAUUGGGGGCAUCAACUGUGCCAGUGCCAAGGAGCUCUCUCAGGAAUUUGAAGCCUAUGUGAAUGCUUCUGGGGAACAUGGAGUUGUGGUCUUCUCCCUGGGCAGUUUGGUGUCAGAUAUCCCAAUGACCAAAGCCAUGGAAAUCGCUGAAGCCUUGGGCACUAUACCUCAAACAGUAUUGUGGCGGCACACUGGAACACCACCAAGUAAUCUAGCCAAGAACACCAAACUUGUGAAAUGGCUUCCACAGAAUGAUCUACUUGCUCACCCGAAGACCCAGGCAUUCAUCUCUCAUGCUGGCUCUCAUGGGAUCUAUGAAGCGCUGUGUAAUGGAGUGCCAAUGGUGUUGAUGCCUUUGUCUGGAGAUCAGAUGGACAAUGCUAAACGCAUGGAGUCAAGAGGGGCAGGAGUGACCCUGAAUAUCCUUGAAAUGACAUCGGAUGAUCUCAGCAAGACACUGAAGAAGGUUAUCAAUGAUAAAAGCUACAAGGAAAACAUCAUGCAUCUGUCAGCUCUUCACAAAGAUCGGCCUAUCAGCCCCCUUGACCUUGCCGUGUUCUGGAUCGAAUUUGUGAUGAGAAACAAAGGGGCCCCCCAUUUACGCCCUGCUGCCCACGACCUCAACUGGAUCCAGUACCAUUCCUUGGAUGUAAUUGCUUUCCUCCUGGCUAUUGUAUUGACUGUUGUACUAAUUGCUCUGAAAUGCCUCAAGUUUUGUUUCCAGAAUUGCUUUUCUAAAAAAGGAAAAGCUAAGAAUGCCACCAAACCUAAGUCUCACUGAGCCACACUUUAAAAACUAAAUGAAAUUUUAGUUUUUUUUUUCUCUCUGUGGUUUCAGAAAAUGUACCCAUAUGAAUUACAUGCACACCCAGGCACACAAGUACACAUAUGUACCUUCAUGCAGACAACUCAUUUUGUAAUCAAUUUUUGAUAAAGAAAAUCUCAAUCUUAUCUUUUUGUUUAUUGAAGUAGGAGCAUAGAGUUUGAGAUCUAGAAGAGGGCCAUUUAGUCCAACCACCUCAUAUUACAGCUGAAGAAAUGGAAAUGAAAUGAUAGGGAAAUAUUUCUGCAGAAGAUGAGUCUUAGAGGAGGGGGCGGGUAGCUGACUUCCCACUUAACGUGCAGGAGAGAUGGGCUACACUUAGAUUGUCCUCAAGGCAUAGAAUUAAGAACAAUAAUGACUGAGGGAAUUACAUCAUUUAGGUCAGGGUCAGAGAAAACCUCCUAACAAUUGGAACUAUCCAGCAGGAAUGGCCAAACUGAGGUAGAGGUUAGUUCCCAUUCACUGGGGCUUUCCAAGUCGACUUGGAUGAGCAGAGCCUGGAAUGCUGUAUAAAUACAACCUGGGAGGUUGCUCCACAUACAGAUUUGACUCGCUGACCCCUGAGGUCUUUUCCAACUCUCAGAUUCUGUGAUUCUAAGACCUUUUCUGGGGUUACACACCUAGUUUGCAGCUGAGCUAGGACAGAAGGAAGGUCUUCUGACUGUUAGCCCUGCUUUUUCCCUCUCAAAACACAAUGCUAUCAAGACACAAAAAUCUAGAACAUAACUGCAGGGCUGAUGUUCCUUCCACAUUCUUCAAGAUUCUAGCUUCAAAUCAUUUGUUUAGAACAACUGUAUGAGUCAGUUAUUCACUUGGAAUCACUUUUUAAGGCUAGGAACACAUGUGACUUCCUAAUGAGUGGUGACUUAAUCAUUUACUAUAAAGGUUAAUGCAUUCCCCCACCACCUUCUCUCUAGUUCCAGCUUCCAUUUCUUUGCAAAACACUGCUGGUUGAGCUCUUCCACUAAUAAUACAUGGCCUCAUGGGCGGAAGAUUCAUGCAAUUCCUUUGGAUACAAGAAGGUGGGCACACCUGCUAAGAUGGGCUGCUGCUCUUCUUCAUAAUGUUGGGAAUUAAUUAGACUGUGUCUCUCAAAGGAAAUGGAUUGUUUCUGCAUUGCAAGACCAAGAUAGAUCAGGCCAAACAAAGAAAAAUGCCAUGUGGUGCUCUGCUAGUACAAAUGGAUCAGAAUGUCAUCAGUCACCCACAAGCAGGGCUUGUAGCAAAGUAACAAGUUAUUAUAUUGAUCAAUACAAAACUAAAUACAUGAAUAAAUCCCUACUAAUUAUUUUUC